AUGGCAAAAACAAAACACCCACAGUUUAUGGAGUACGGGCGCUUCAGAGAGAGAAGGGAGUCAGAAUAUCCGUCCAUCUUCGAGAUCUUUCCCUGUCAACCGACUCCAGGACCUGCCCCUCGCAUCAAGAAAGAAGAGAAUAGCAAGGACGAUACUCCGAAGGACGGCCGUGCAGAGGACCAUGCUGUUGGGCGCGUCAAGAAGAGAAAGGCAGCCAAAGAAACAUCACCGUCUGAUGACCGCGAGCGCAAACACACCGAGCAGCGUCGCCGUCGCCGCAAGAGACGUGAGAAUAAACUGGUCGCGACGCCGCAGGAGGGCCCUGCUGGGGUCCACGUUAUUGGGCGCUUCAAAGUCAAUAAGGUCGUAGAAGAUAAUCCACCGUUAAAGGAUCAAGACACCGACCUGGCCACACAAAGAGAGAUAUACUCCGAGGAACGAGAUAUAAUACUGGUCGAUGCGCCGCAGGAGGGCCCCAGUGAGGUGGAUGCUGCCAAGAUGGCUCAAGAGGAGGAGAGAGUAGCUGAGUGUCUCGUGGAUACUGCCAAGACGCAACAAGAAUGUCAAGAUUUAGAGGAGGAGGCAGCCAAGAGUCUCAUGGGUGCUGCCAAGCUGGGCAAAGCAUGUGGAGAGAUUGAGGAAGGGGCAGAUGAUGGUCUCAUGGAUGCUGCUGAGAUUGACCCAGUAUGUGGAGAUGAGGAUGAAGGGGCAGCUGAGAGUCUCGUGAAUGAUGCCAGGAUGGAAGAAGCGCACCAAUAUUUACAAAAGGAGGCAGCUGAGGGACUCAUGGGUGCUGCCAAGAUGGGCAAAGCAUGUGCAGAGAUUGAGGAAGGGGCAGAUUAUGGUCUCGUGAGUGCUGCUGAGAUUGACCCAGUAUGUAGAGAUGAGAAGGAAGGAGCAGCUAAGGGUCUCGUGAAUGCUGCAAAGAUGGAACAAGACUGUCAAGAUUUACAGGAGAAGACAGUUGAGAGUCACAUGGGUGCUGUCAAGAUGGGUGAAGUGUGUGGAGAGAUUGAGGUAGGGACAGAUGAGAGUCUCAAGGAUGUUGCUGAGAUUGACAAUGAAUGUGGAAAUGAGGAGGAUGGUGCAGCUAAGGGUCUCCUGAAUGCUGCCGAGAUGGAAGAAGCCACUCAAAAUUUAGAGGAGGAGGCAGCUGAGAGUCUCAUGGGUGCUGCCAAGAUGGGCGAAGCAUGUGGAGAGAUUGAGGAAGGGGCAGAUGAUGGUCUCGUGAGUGCUGCUGAGAUUGACCCAGUAUGUAGAGAUGAGGAGGAAGGAGCAGCUAAGGGUCUCGAGAAUGCUGUAAAGAUGGAAAAACACUUUCAAGAUUUACAGGAGAAGACAGUUGAGAGUCACAUGGGUGCUGCCAAGAUGGGUGAAGUGUGUGGAGAGAUUAAGGUAGGGACAUAUGAGAGUCUCAAGGAUGUUGCUGAGAUUGACAAUGAAUGUGGAAAUGAGGAGGAAGGUGCAGCUAAGGGUCUCGUGAAUGCUGCUGAGAUUGAAGAAGCUAGUCAAAAUGUAGAGGAGAAGGCAGCUGAGAGUCUCAUGAGUGCUGCCAAGAUGGGUGAAGCAUGUGAAGAGAUUGAGGAAGGGGCAGAUGAUGGUCUCGUGUAUGCUGCUGAGAUUGACACAGUAUGUGAAGAUGAGGGUGAAGGGGCAGCUGAGAGUCUCAUGAAUGCUGCCAGGAUGAAACAAGCCCAUCAAGAUUUACAGGAGAAGACAGUUGAGAGUUGCAUGGGUGCUGCCAAAAUGGGUGUAGCAAGCGGAGAGACUGAGCAAGGGGCAGAUGAGAGUCUCGAGAAUGCUGCUGAGACUGACAAAGCAUGUGGAGAUGAGGAGGAAGGGGCAGCUAAUGGCUUCGUUAAUGCUGCCAAGAUGGAACAAGAAUAUCAAGACUUAGAGGAGGAGGCAGCUGAGAGUCUCAUGGGUGCUGCCAAGAUGGAUGAAGCUUGUGGAGAGAUUGAGGAAGGGGCAGAUCAUGGUCUCGUGGAUGUUGCUGAGACUGACCCAGUAUGUGGAGAUAAGGUGGAAAGGGCAGCUGAGACUCUAGUGCGUGCUACCAGGAUGGAACAAGCCCAUCAAGAUUUACAGGAGAAGACAGUUGAGAGUCGAUUGGGUGCAGCCAUGAUCGGUGAAGCAAGUGAAGAGAUUGAGCAAGGGGCAGAUGAGAGUCUCAAGGAUGCUGCUGAGAUUGACAAAGCAUGUGGAAAUGAGGAGAAAGGUGCAGCUAAGUGUCUCGUGAAUGCUGCCAAGAUGAAAGAACCCAGUCAAGAUUUCGAGGAGGGGGCAGCUGAGAGUCUCAUGGAUGCUGCCAAGAUGGAGGAAGUUCGUGUAGAGGUUGAGGAGGGAGCAGCUAAGAGUCUUUGUAGCCAACCCUCGGGUGCCGCUUGCACCCACUGA